AUGAGGGCGAAACGUUCGAAGAAGUACCGCAAGCUUAUGCACCAAUAUGAGCUCACAUUUGGGUUCCGUGAGCCAUACCAAGUGCUGGUGGACUCGAAUUUUCUGCAACAAGUGCAUAAUUUCAAGAUGGACCUAAUGCCGGCUUUGGAGAGGACAGUUCAAGGCCAAAUAAAGCCACUCUUGACCAAAUGCUCUCUCGCAGCAAUCACCGCUGCGCAGCCCAUCAACCCAAAGACGGGCAAGCACUUUCGUCCCAUCCACCUUCCUCCGCCAACGGUACUUCCCCUCCGCCACUGCUCUCACAACCCCGAAUCAGAGCCCAUUGACGAAAUCGAUUGCCUUCUCUCCCUCCUUUCACCCAACGCAGAGGCCAAAAAGAACAAGGAGCACUACAUUCUUGCCACGGCAGAUCCCGCAGUGAAGAAGUCAGACAACAACAAUGACAACCAGCAACGCAAGCGCAAGCGCGAUGAAGAGCGACAAGAGGAGCAAGCGCUGCGCCGUGCCCGUAAUCUGCGUAUUCGUGCGCGCUCUAUCCCCGGUGUACCGAUCAUCUAUGUGAAGCGUUCCGUGAUGGUUUUGGAACCCAUGAGCACACCAUCAGAGAAUGUGCGCGAGGGCGUCGAGAGGGACAAGUUCCGCGUGGGAUUACCUCAGCCCGAGACAAAACCAGAAGAGGGCCAAGAGGGUGCGCCCAAGAAGAAGAUCCCUGGGUUGAAAAAGGCAAAGGGGCCCAAUCCCCUCAGUGUGAAGAAGCCUAAAAAGCGAAUUGCCGAGCCUACUGGAUCAAAGCAGGCCAACAAGAGGCCAGCUUCGGAGGCUCCGAGAGAUAACAAGCCCGCCGAACAGGCGGGUGGUGAAGAAGGCGAUGCUCCCAAGACCAAGAGGAGACGGCGUCACCACAAGAGUGGGCCUCGUGAGGGAGAUGAGGCUGACCCGGCACCAGUGGAGGCUGACCAGGCCAUGGAUGUGGAAGCUUGA